AUGUCAAAUAGACGUCAUUCAAGAACUUCAAGCGAUCAAUGGCGUCAGUACAACUUUUUUGAUGUCCAGCAGAUCAGAGAUCCAUUAGAUCCCACAAAACCACCAGCAAUUUUUCAAAAGCCAGACAUAACCUCAAGCACGAGUGGUCGUGGAAGUAUUAUCUUGGCUGAUAUCCUUUUUAUCGAUAGAACAUUUAAUGUCCAAAAAUUUUUGGCUUAUGAGGGUGGACGAGUGGCACACAUGAAGCAAAUGAAACAGAAAAAUAUUCUAUUAACGAUAGGCGAAGAAGAUCCACCAGUCAUCAAAAUUUGGGAUCUUGAUAAGCAAGACAAAUCAAAGGGCACUCCUAAUUGUCAACGUACAAUUAAGGUGAAUCAUGGAGGAAAACCAUUUCCAGUUUCAACGUUAGCUGUGUUGGAAAAUUUGAGUCAAAUCGCCGUUGGCUUGGCGAAUGGGGUGGUGGUUUUGAUCAAAGGAGAUAUAUAUAGAGAUCGUUAUACGAAACAAAAAGUAAUUCACGAAAGUGAUGAACCGGUAACAGGUCUUGGAUUCAAGGAACACAACAAGAAUGUUAUUUUAUUUAUUGUGACGACAAAUAAAAUCUGGACUUGUCUGACAAAUAAUAGAUCGUCUGCGACAAUUCUUGAUGACCAAGGUUGUGGUCUGGGUUGUGCAGUAAUAAGUGACACCACGAAUGAGAUGGUUGUCGCAAAAGACGAGGCGAUUUACUUUUAUGGACCUGAGGGAAGAGGAUCGUGUUAUGCCUACGAGGGAGCUAAAUCGUUCGUGACUUGGUUCAAAUCAAAUCUCAUAAUUGUCUCCCCACCCGCCUCCCAACCAACCCGACUUACGGCUUCAACGCGUUCAGCAUUAUCCAUCAAUCCUGGAAAUCCUUCUCAACAAUUUGCACCUUAUGAACUCACAAAAGUAACCAUAUUUGAUACCACGAACAGAUUUAUUGCUUACAUGGGAACAUUUUCUCCUGGUGUACGAACGAUUACAUGUGAAUGGGGUGGGAUUUAUAUUCUUGGAAUGGAUGGAAAGUUAUAUCGUCUAGAUGAAAAAGAUACGCCUACAAAGCUUGAAAUAUUGUUUAAGAAAAAUAUGUAUUCACUUGCCGUCAAUCUCGCGCAUAGCCAAAAAUAUGAUGAUGCAAGUAUCUCUGAAAUCUUCAAAAAAUAUGGGGACCAUUUAUACAGAGAGGCAAAAUACGAAGAUGCGAUGACUCAAUACAUUCGAACGAUUGGUCAUCUCGAACCGUCAUACAUUAUUCGAAAGUUUCUAGAUGCACAACGUAUCCAUAAUCUCGUUAACUACCUUCAAAAAUUACAUAAUCAUGGUUUUGCCAAUGCAGAUCAUACUACCCUGUUGUUAAAUUGUUACACGAAAUUAAAAGAUGUGGCAAGUCUUGAUCAAUUCAUCAAGACCGACAAAGAGCUUACAUUUGAAGUGGAAACAGCGAUAAGAGUGUGCCGGCAAGCGGGGUACCAUGAACAUGCGGUAUACUUGGCCAAAAAAUUUGAACAACAUGAUUCAUACCUGAAGAUACAGAUAGAGGAUGUCAAAGAUUGUCAAAAUGCAUUAGAGUAUAUUCGUAAAUUAGGACCUUCUGAGGCAAACCGUAAUUUACAAAAGUACGGGAAAAUUCUCCUUAACCAUCUUCCACAACCCACCACACAACUUCUUAUUGAUCUUUGUACCGGCGAUCUAUUUUCGACUGGUCAACGCGCUCGGACUCCCGAAGGAGCCCAAUCUUCUGCAAUCAUAAAUACAUAUGCUCCGAGUCUUUCAUUUUUACUCGGACCUGUGGCUCAGUCGGCUUCAGCACCAAAUCCAGAAGUGCCCGAUGCUACAAUAACAGACCAACAGGCAUCCUCAUCAUCUAGUACUCGACCUUCUAAAGAUCGAAACGUUGUUGCCUAUAGGCCACCACCCGUGCGUACAUUCAUGUCAUUAUUUAUUGAUCAGCCAAGUUACCUUAUCCAAUUCUUGGAACAAGUGUCGCAGAAACGCUGGGGCGGUUUUAAUUCAACACGUAAAGUCCCAAAAGUCGAAGAAGCACUUACUGCAAAAGGUGAUAAUGGUUUACCAGGUAGUAGUAGUGCCGAUGCAAGUGGCGAGGAAAAAUCCGCAUUUUCAAAGAAAGCAGAAGAACUUGAUUCAGAAAUUGAAGAGAAGAAGGCGGUUUGGGAUACUCUCUUGGAGCUUUACUUGUCUGAGGCUUAUUUGCCACCAGUUGAAAUGGGCAGAGAAGGUAAAGGAAGAAAGUAUGGAAGCUUUGCAGUUUCCACCGAGAUGGAACGCGUAAAAGAAAAGUUACUGAGAAAAGAUAAGGCCUUGCAAUUGUUGAAAGACAAGGACGUUGCGUAUGACACCAACCAGGCACUUGUGCUCUGUCACUUGGCACAAUUUGAUGAGGGCAUUGUUUAUCUUUACGAAAAGAUGAAGAUGUACGAGGAAAUACUGAGGUUUUUCAUGGCUAAAGACGAUACCAAAAAAGUCAUCCAAGCAUUAAAAACAUAUGGCCCGCAAGAACAGUCCCUUUAUCCACUCACGUUGACUUAUUUUUCCUCCUCACCAACAACCUUGGCCUCAUCUACUCCUGAACUUUUGGAAAUUCUCGACUAUAUUGAUGCACAUAAUUUGUUACCGCCACUGCAAGUUGUUCAGGCUCUUAGCCAAAAUUCUGUGGCAACUCUCGAUAUGAUCAAGGGGUACAUGGGACGAAGGAUUGAGAGCGAAAGGAAAGAAUCUAGGGCGGAUCGUAAGCUGAUAAAAAGCUAUCGGGAAGAGACUGAAAAGAAGAGGCAUGAGAUCGAAGAAUUGAAGACUGUUGCACGCCUUUUCCCGUUGACAAAGUGUACGGCUUGUCGUGAAAGUCUCGAUCUGCCCGCCGUUCAUUUUCUAUGUCGGCAUUCUUAUCAUCAGCGUUGCCUGCCUGAAUCCGAUCGCGAAUGCCCGGAAUGUGCUGUUCAACAUCGUACAAUUGCUGAGAUAAGAAGAUCACAAGAAAGAAAUGCGGACAAGCAUGAAGAGUUUGCCAGACAGAUGGAAGAAGCGGAAGACGGAUUCAGCGUUGUGGCUGAUUACUUUUCCAAGAAUACCAUGGCUUUUGCCAAAUUGAUUGAUUAG